UUGGAGAUCUUUAAACCCCAGCUUUUCAACGGCGCCAAUUCCGAUCACGAUGAAUGCUGCUGUUGCGAGGCAGCCGAUGGGCUGUCUGAAGGCGGCUCUGAGGAGGACGAGAUACCAGAGAACGUGGCAGCGAUGCCUGGCGACAGAGGCUGCGAGCCCCUCCACGGCCUCCAUCGCGAAGAAUGCCUUUAGUCAAAGACAACACAUGGACAAGCAAAAAGCCGCAAAGUUCCAAAUCUGGCCCCAAGUCCCUUCACCGCGAGCCACCCAUCCCGACCCGAUGCCCACCCUGAAGCAGCAAGAAAUCGCCCGCCUCGACCCGACCGGCGCCCGAACGAGGCUCUUCUCCAGAGACCACGCCGACAGCUCCAAAGUGGGCGACGUGCUCAUGGUGACCACCAAGGCCGGGGAGCCCUUUUCGGGCGCAUUCAUCCAGAUGCGGCGCCGCGGCGUCGAUACGGCCAUUCUGCUGCGAGGACAGCUGAUGAAGACUGGCGUGGAGACGUGGUUCAAGAUUUACAGCCCGACGGUGACGGGCAUCGACAUUAUCUGGCGCAAGCCGAAGAGGGCGAGGAGAGCGCGGUUGACGUUUAUGCGCAAGCCCAGGCACGACAUGGGCAGUGUGGAUAACUUGGUAUCGGCUUGGAAGAAGGAGAGGUAUGCGCUGCGGUCCAAGGCGAAGCAGGGUGGUGGAAAGCAGAUUCGAAGGUAGAAGGGGGAUGAUGAAGGAAGGAAGUUGGUUAUGAUCACGCUGUAUGAUAAGUGUCUAAAUGUAAAAAUUUCAGUUAUUGCACGAAAAGCUGUUGGAGAGGGACCUCCAAGAUUUGAAGAUUUACAGGUCUGUAGAGGGAUUGAUAGAUAUUAUAGGUACUUUAUGAGAAAAGACAAAAAAGUUUCAAUGGCUUUGGUCCAUAUUAG